UUUUUUUUUUUUUUGCACCCUGCAGCAAGUUUGCAUCAUGGCUUUUGUUCACUUGCUCUUAAGUGCCUGGAUGUUGUUGCAGCCAGCGUGCGGAGCUUUUUACCGGGGACCAUUACAUCCGGAGAUGUCUAAUGGCACUUUUCAUCAUUAUUUUGUCCCGGAUGGCGAAUAUGAGGACAACGACGACCCAGAGCAGUGUCAAAUGCUUUUUAAGAUGACCGACGAGCGAAAGUGCAGUCUGGACGAGGAUCAAGACUCUGUCAUAAGGGACGACUUCACCCUCAUCAAGCGGCAGAUCGAGGACUCGGCGCGGGUGCUGGAGGGGAUAGGGAAGAGCAUCUCCUACGACCUGGACGGAGAGGACAGCUACGGGAUGUAUCUGCGCAGGGAGACGGCCCAGAUCGGCGAGGCGUUCACAAACUCGGAGAAAUCUCUGCUGGAGCUGGAGGUGAAGUUCAAGCAGAGCCAGGAGAGCGAGCUGAAGGAGGAGCACCGGCUCAGUGACGACUUCCUCACCAUGAUCGUGCACACACGGGACGCCCUGAAGGAGACCCUGGACAUCUCCCUGGGCCUGAAGGACAAGCACGAGUUGCUGUCUCUGAUCAUCCGCAGCCACGGAACGAGACUGAGCAGACUGAAGAACGAGUACCUCAAAUUCUAAUAGGAAAACAAUCCCUUCAAACUUCCCAUUACAUCACUUUAAAUAUUGUUUUUAUUGUGGAGUGUGACCAGGGCCGGAUUUAGAAAAGUGCGGGGCCUUGGGUUAAGUCCACUUUUGGUGCCUUAAUCUCACAUAAUUCAUGUGUUUCAUGCAUUCAAAUUUCAAUACAUUGAUCAUUAACAGAUGAUCUGAUCCAAGUAUUUUUUUUUUCUUAACGUGUCCUUCCAUUUCUCAUUUCUAAAUAAAAUACAUACCUGGCAUCAGUUAUAUAAUUUAUAGAAUUAUAUCAUACAAUUCAAAAAAGUGUUAUAAUGCGUUAUAACAAACAUCAGCGUCUUUGGGCUGAGAGACCAGUGGGGGCCCUAAAGAGCAAUCAGUGUCUUAGAGAGUCAACUCUUUAAAUUUAUAGAACAAAUGUAAUACAUGUUUUUUGUGUAAAUUUGCUACAAUUAUUUAGGUAUAGCAAAUCUAUUGUUUUUUAUUUCAUUAAAAAAUAAAUAUAUUUACAAUAGUGAGUAAGUGACCAGUGUAGCUUGAAAGGAUUGACAGUUAUAGUUUCCACAGUGAGUAAAAAUAAAUUGAUCAAAAGUAUUAAUUUCAAAGUUCCCAAAUUAGAAAACUAUUUUUAAAUUUGUGUGAAAUGUGAAUAUGUUCAAUGUGGAUUCCGCCACUUGUCAGAAUUAGUUUUACGGUCAGUUAAAUUAAAUAAAUUGUUUUAAAUAUUUUUAAAAAAUAAUAAACUGAAUUAGUAUGCGUAAUUAUGUACCUGUAAAAAAAAAGUCACUAGUAACUUUGUUCACAGUAAUAGAGUCUUAGAGAUUAAAAAACAAUCUGGGCAUACAGCUUUUAAACUAUCUCUUGGUAAGAGUAAUUGAAAAUUGAAAAAUAUAUUUUUUUACUCUACUAAACUGGAUUGUAACCACAAUGAACAAUGAAUUAUUCACAUUUUUAUAAGCUGUCAAGUGCCAUCAUGGUUGUUUCCCCCAGUAUAUGUAAAAGGCAUAUUGGGGAUGCAAUUUCUUUUUCUGCCACAUGGAAAAAUCUUAAUGCAUCAAACUACUGGAUAUCCUGGCAAGACAGUCUAAGUACCUAGCAAAUCAUAAAUAAUAGUUAUUUGACAAAACAAAGAUACAUCCUCAUAUUUGACAACGUUUAUUUUUAAUUAUCUAAAUUGAAACUGGCUAAUGGUUUGCACACACACACAAAAUGUAAACACUAAAUGAGACACGGGUAGUAUUUCCAUUGUAUAUUCCCUAGAUGUCAAAUAUUGCCAUGCUGGCAAUGCUGGAUGGAUGGAUGGAUGGAUGGAUGGAUGGAUGGAUGGAUGGAUGGAUGGAUGGAUGGA